AUGGACGACCACGAAGGAGAGCAGAUCGACCAGAUCGAGCAAGGACCAACCAACAAUAUCUAUGGCCAGUUCUCUUUCGCUCCUGCAACGCGCACUACGGUAGUCACAACCACAACUACCACUACAACUUCCUUUCCUCCCCUGAUCAUUAGACCUCCGCGUGCGGUUAGAGAUCUGGAUGCCCGACAAUACCCGUUGGCUGCAUCACCUACCCCAUCUCCUCUGAAAAACUUGAAGUUCAAUAUUGGUGAAAGAUCAAUCAUAUUCAAUGAGCCAGAUGAUUCUAUGACUGCGGCUAGUCAGCUGAAGGAAAGGAAUGAUGCACUGCGAGCCUCAAAUGGCUUGAUUCGGUCUGUCAACUCAUUUUCCUCUGAGGAUGAUAGUGCUUCUCGCCGACUGGCUCCUCCCCGAUCUAUGACCCGUGUCAACCGUCCCAACGCCCAAAAUCGGCCUGUAUCUCCAGUUUCCAUCGCUGAACCUCGUCCAUCAAUCCUCCCACGGACGCGUGGAAGCCGAGUUCCUUCGGAACCCGUGACACGACGUAUCCGCCAUGAGACAUCAAACGCCUUUCUUUCUCCAGCAGGCCUGGCCACUCCGGAGACAGAACACAAUAUUGGGAGCAUUGGAGAUGCAGUGGUUUCCAGACAAAGGGCGCAGAGUGCCAAUUUCUCCCGCCGAGAAACCCUGUUACGGACUCCUGUAUCAGCUGAGACUGGAGCAGCAAAUAAUUCACAAGAUGCGGUGUUCACCCAAAAUGAUGAUCAAGGUCCAUCAGUUGAUACAAGUGGUACAUCUGGCUCUGGAACGGUCGGCCAAAGUGUUUCAUUCUCUACCCAGGAAAACACAUCACAGCCGCGACCAGAAUUGUCGACUCAACUCUCAGCCAUUGAUAAUGCGAUGGCUCAAGAUAUGUGUUUACCAAGCCCUAGUCUGUCACCGGUUACUGCUAUGAAUGCUCUCCAUGCCGAGUCCUCAUUCGAAUCUGAAGGGCCUGACGUGGACACUGACUCUAGCCUUGACAAUAAUGUUCCACGGUCUUCCAAGGUGCAUCUUAAUGAUUCGGAAUCUUCCCGAAGCAGGGCUUUGACUAUGGCUGCGCCUGUUGCGCGGUCGCCAGCUUCGCUGAUGGAUAUGCCAAAGGUGCUAGAGUUCUUUGAUUCGGUCCCUGAUGAAUUGAAGACCUACAUGAUGUACCAGUUCCUCCGACGAUGCCCUAAACCCACAUUGCAUUUUGUGGCUGACGUGGUGAAUCCCACUCUCAAAUGCGAUUUCAUCGCCUUGCUUCCCUUGGAGCUUGGCUUGAAUAUCGUGAAAUACUUUGAUGUUCAAACCAUGUGUCGUGCGGCACAGGUCUCGAAGAAAUGGCGUCAUAUCAUUAAUUCGGAUGAGAAAACCUGGAAGGAGCUGCUUGACCAAGAUGGUUACACUCUAUCUGAGGGAGAGCUGGAGCGAUCCAUCAAAGAGGGAUGGGGAUGGCAGAUUAGUAGCCCCGAUAAUUGGGAAAAGGAUUUGAGUUCAAAUACCCCCCAAGCCCGACUACGAGCUAUCUCCGAUUCCUUCUUCCGAAAAGCAAACACACGAACCACGAGCCGAAAGCUGGCGAAGCGCAAGAUUUCCUCUAGUGGAACGGAUCAUUCCGAGCCGGACUGGAAGAAGGAUGUCGCGGCGUCGGAAGCACCGUAUGCAGCAGCAAAUGCCGCUGCUGCCGCGGUUCCAUAUCCAGAAGUCGGCAUUCCUGCUCUACGCGGACUUUACCUCUUCAAGGCUAUCUACCGUCGACUCCAUGCUAUUCGUCGCGGAUGGAUGAAGCCUGAAGUUAAGCCCCACCACAUUGCUUUCCGUGCUCAUGACCGCCAUGUUGUCACAUGUUUGCAGUUCGACUCGGAUAAGAUCUUGACUGGAAGCGAUGACACCAACAUCAAUGUGUAUGACACCAAGACUGGUGCCCUCAAGGCUACCCUGGAGGGUCAUGAUGGCGGUGUCUGGGCGCUUGAAUAUCAUGGCAAUACUUUGGUUUCAGGAUCAACAGAUCGUUCAGUCCGCGUCUGGGAUAUUGAGGGAGCCCGUUGCACGCAAGUCUUCCACGGACAUACUUCCACUGUUCGUUGUUUGCAAAUUGUUCUGCCCACCGAGAUCGGCAAAGAUUCCAAUGGCCGCUCCCUGAUGAUGCCUAAGGUGCCUUUGAUAAUUACGGGUUCUCGCGAUUCAAACUUGCGUGUGUGGAAGCUGCCAAAACCCACCGACCCACUCUAUUUGGCCAAUUCGCCUACAGCAGAUGAUCAUGAUUGCCCAUUUUUCGUUCGAGUCCUAUCUGGUCACAGCCAUUCGGUACGUGCUAUCGCAGCCCAUGGUGAUACUCUGGUCAGUGGUAGCUAUGACUGCACUGUGCGUGUUUGGAAGAUUUCUACCGGACACGUGAAAUACACUUUGACCGGCCAUACCCUCAAGGUCUACAGUGUUGUCUUGGACCACGAGCGCAACCGCUGCAUCAGUGGUGCCAUGGACCAUAUGGUCAAGAUCUGGUCACUCGAUGAUGGAGCCCUGCUCUACAAUCUCGAUGGCCAUACCUCCCUUGUCGGUCUUCUUGCCUUGCAGGGUGACCAUCUUGUUUCGGCCGCCGCUGAUUCUACACUCCGGAUCUGGGAUCCACAGCGUGGUCACUGCAAGAACACCCUCAGUGCUCACACUGGAGCAAUAACCUGCUUCCAGCAUGAUGGUCAGAAGGUCAUAUCUGGCUCUGAUCGAACUUUGAAGAUGUGGGAUGUUACGAACGGCAACUGUGUUCGAGACCUACUCACUGACCUCAGUGGUGUCUGGCAAGUUAAGUUUAAUGAUCGUCGCUGUGUUGCUGCAGUGCAGCGGGAUAAUCUGACCUACAUCGAGGUUCUUGACUUUGGUGCAGCACGAGAUGGCAUCCCCGAGAGCAAACUUGGCAGACGCAUUGCCGUGAGCCGUCGUGGCCGUGAAAUCUCAGCGGAAAGCCAUAUCUCGCAGUCCGAUUCCGACCUAUGA